AUGGUCUUUAGCGAAUGUAUUGGAAGAUACCAAAGAUGGGGCUUGGGAGCUCCGCUCCGCUACUCUGCAUGGAAAGGUCUGGGCUACUUUCUGCGACACUUUUUGACUGUGCUACAUUUUCCAGCAGCAGUGAAAAGCUGUUUCAUUAAAUCAGAGGUCAACUCCCAUUUUCCAUUAAGCUUUUCUGUGACUGGUUGUGACCAAUAUACAAUAUUUACAGCACUAUAUAUUCCAAAGAGUCCAGCAUGGGAACACAGCUUCGCUAUUUCUUCCAUACAAGGUCUUCUUAUAAUGGAAAUGAAAUACUAUAUCACACAAGUCACUAUCAGCCUUUUAAUUUGCUUUUCUGUGGUGUCGGCUCAAGGUGAAGGAAGCUGUGUUGGGAGAUGUGGUGAAGGGUAUUUUCGAGAGUAUUCUUGCCAUUGUGAUUAUAACUGUAUGUCUUAUAUGGAAUGCUGCCAGGACUUCAAGGCAGUGUGCACAACAGAAAACUCCUGCCGUGGAAGAUGCCAUGACGGCUUCGUAAGGGGACAGGCGUGUGACUGCGACCCCAGCUGUGUAAAUUAUGGCAAGUGCUGUCCAGACUAUGAGUCAAUCUGUGCUAAACCAAUUCAGAGACGCUCGCCUGCCCCACGACCCCCUGAAGAGAGAAGUAACCCCCCUGAUUCUUCAAAAGAGAAAGAACCUGACAAGGAACUAGAUAAAGUUCCACAAGAAACAGAUCAGAGAAAUGGAGAUCUGCAAAGGAAAGUACCCAAAAAGCCAUCUAAGAAUAAAAUUGGUGACAAAAUGAAUGGUUCUGAUCAGCAGCCAAAAGACCCAAAAAGGAACAAUCCAUCCUCAAAGCCCACCCCUAAAAAGCCUAUGAAAAAAUAUCCCAAAAAUCCAAGAAAGAAGAAAAAUAAGAAAUUAUUAAUGCCAAAAGGAGACACGGAAGAUGCCAACGAGAAAGCACCUUCAACCCCGAGUUUAAAACCAUCACCAAGAAAAAAGAACAAAAAAAGGAAAGUUAAAUUUGCCACUGUUAAGCCAGGAAAAAGGAGAAGGAAGAUUAUAAUACAAUAUGAAGAUGAACCAGAAGAGUCUGCAACCGCAACACCACCACCAAAUGUCAAAACACCACAACCAGUGAAAGAAAAAAAACGACCACCUAAAAGAACGAAAAUCCCAAAGAAGAAACCCAAGAAACCUGUAGAGGCAGAGGAGGAGGUUGAAGAAACAGAGGAAAAUGAAACAUCAUCUAUGUCUUCUACUACUCGGACAAAGGGGACCACAAUAAAACGAUCUAGAACAGACCAAAAGAAAAAGAAGCCAAAAGAUAAAAAAAUUAAUCCAAAGGCUAAUGCAACAGAACCAAAUAAAGAAGGUUUCGCUCCAUCAUUACCACCACCUCCUGACAAUAAUGAAAAUGCACUGACACCCCAAACUUCACAUGUUGGUGAUGAAACUGGAGAUCCAAAUGGCUCACAGGAAGAUUCUGCUGAUAGCCCACCCUCACCAACCACUCCAAAAACUACAAAGAAACGGUCUCCAUCUAAAACAAACAAGAAAAAGAUGAAUAAACAGCAAGAGAAUGAUGAGCCAAAGACACCAAACAAUAAAAAGAAGCCUCCAAAGAAACCUUCACCUAAAGAUAUAAAAAGAAAAAAGAAGACUGAUCCUAAGGAUGAAAAGCAAGAUCCUUCUAAGGGCUCAGAUACACCAGCCAAAAAGAAAAUAAAGAAACCAGUCUCCAAAGGUCCAAAGAAGAGAAUAAUAAAGGUUUUGGUGGAGGAUAGUACAGACGAUCCAUCAAAAGCAGUCGAAAAAAAGAAACCUUCAGACAAACCUUCACCUAAAGACAACAAAAAACAAAAGGUCGAUCCAAAGGAAGAAAGACAAGAAACAGUGGAAAGUGAGUUCACAAGUUCUUCUCAAUCAUCAUCUUCCCAUCGACGAAGCAAGUCAACAUCCAGGCGGUUGUCUGAAAAAAAUAAAGAUAAAAAUAAGAAAAAGAUUCCUGAUGAAAAGCCUUUAGUGCCUCCAAGGAGAAAAAAGGGCAAGGACUUUCUUCAAACACCUGAACCAACUCCUAGAGAUGAAGGUUCUGGAGAUGAUGGAAGUGGAAUGGAGUUUCUGCAGACAACCCCAUCAACUACUUCUCUACCAAUAGAAGCCUUUUAUAGCACAAUUGUGGAUGGAACCAUUAGCUCAGAAAGACCUAAACCUCUAUCUACAGAUGAACAUUCCUUGAAAACUACCCCUGUGAUGAACAUUUCAACUGAUCUUUCAAGGGCUACUACCGACACAACUAAAGAACCUUUCAAGCAAACAGAAAAUUCUGCCCAACCAACAGAAGAACGCACAACUUCUUCUAGCAUUGAAAUGGGAAGUAAAGAGAAUAGUACAAGUACAGAAGGGACAAAUGGAUAUUCAUCUCCAACUGCUGGAUGGAAAACCAACGAUUCGCCAACUUCUAAACAAGAACUCACUUCAUUUGGCAACAGAACAUUUGUAGAUUCUAAGGAGACAAUAACCACCAAGUCAACCACACAACCAAUGGAAAGUGUUUCUACAGCAACACAAGUGAACAUUGAUUCUUUGCAAUCCACAGUUAAAUCAUCAGAAAAACAACAAGAAAACAAUACCAAAAAAGUAACUACUGAACCAUUACUAACAGAACAGCAGACUGAACAUCCUUCAGUUUCUUCCUUUCCCAACAGUACGGUAAAAUAUGAUUUGGAACAGAAGCCUACUGUGCUAGAAAGUGAUAAUAGGAACACAAUGGGAACAAAUAAUUUGAUGGCAACCAGUACUAAAUCAACACCAACUACUAUAAAAAAUCUUAGAGAAAACACUGGAAGCUCAGCUACUGUGAAGGCCAUUUCUGUUGAACAGAUGGAAAAUAAAUAUAACACUAACCCUCCUCCACCACUUGACCAGUAUGGCAUCUGUGAGAUGCUGCUUGAUAAAGAGAACAAACUCGGGAUAUCAGAGAGUGACCUCCAGCAUAUAAGGGAAAUAUGUAUGGAGAUACAUUCCAACUUUACAAGUGUAAGUACCCCUUCUUCAGAAACAAAGCUGCCUUCACAAAAUCCUAGUGAUAGUCCACCGAAACACAUGACAACUCAAUCCAGAGUGGCUCAACCAAAUGAGAAACUGCUGCCCGGACCAGGAAUUAUUCAGAUUGUGGAGGAGAUCAGCAGAAGGAUGCAUUUGCCUCCAGCAACGAAUAUAACACCAUUUCCAUCUGAUAAUACAAGAUCAGCAGCCUGGAUAUUACUACUUAAGAGAAUCAGAAGUCCACAUGAUCCCCAGAUGAACUUAUGCAAUGGACAACCUGUGGAUGGAAUGACCACCCUGCAAAAUGGUUCUAUGGUAGUUUUUAGAGGUCAUUAUUUCUGGAUGCUGAACCAGGGAGGAGCUGUCAGAGAAGCAAGGAAAAUUAGUGAUGUGUGGGGCAUCCCUUCUCCUGUUGACACUGCGUUUACACGAUGCAACUGUGCUGGAAAAACAUUCUUUUUUAAGGGUCCACAGUAUUGGCGUUUCACCAAUGAUGUCAUGGACAAGGGAUAUCCUAAAGAAAUUGCCAAAGGAUUUGGUGGUCUGAAAGGUAAAAUCGCAGCAGUUCUAUCUGUGGCUGGAUUCAAAAGAAGACCAGAGUCUGUUUAUUUCUUCAAAGGAGGUGGAAAAGUUCAGAAAUACACAUUCCGGCAAGAGCAAUCAAAGCGAUGCACGAAAAAAAAGCAGCCUAAUGUCCAAUACCCAAUCUACUCUCCCAAUAUUCAAACGGUGAAGUAUCGAUAUCCACGAGAUAUAUUGAAGCAGCAGAAAAAUAUACAGAGAACUAUAAUAACCAUUAAGCAGGAGCCAUUAGGAGUUCUUCACCAAGAAGUUUCAAUUCGAUCAACCUGGAGAGGGGUCCCUAACAACAUUGUUUCUGCAAUCUCUUUGCCAAGUUCCAAGAAGUCAGAUGGGUUUGAUUAUUUUCUUUUUUCCAAAGAAAAAUAUUACAACAUAAACAUAGCCAGUAAAGUUGCAGUGAAGCCGCCACCCAACUCUGAACAGAAAGUAUCAAAGGACUGGUACAAGUGCAAAGAAUGAGACCAAGAAAGAAACAAGAAAACGAUUUAAUAAUAAAGAAUUUUAAUUUUCGCUCAUAGAAAAAAUGCUUAAACUUUACGAUCAUUCUAAAAACACAACAGAACAGCCUAUUUAUUCAUAAAUGCAGAAAACAUGCGGCUCUCUUAAAUGUUACUUCGGUUUAUUCCGCCUCUUCCCCUAAAAUCAGAGCCACCUGGGGGGAAACAAACAAACAAAAAACAUUAAUAUUGCCUGGUAUAUCACAAGUCAACAACCUAAAUAAAGAGCCAUUGGGCCUGUACCAGCCCUAUCAAUACAUUGAUACAAGAACCCCCCUUUUGGACAUAGUCUUAAAAAAAACUUUAAACCAAUGACAUGGGAGGGGGGGGUUUACAUCUAUUUACUUUAACUUUUGCAUACAACAUGUAUGCAGGGAUGUCAAAGAAAAUAGCAGAAUUGCAUGAUUGCCUAUUUAUGAAAAUAAUCAAAGCAUCAGACUGAUCUUGUGCUGCCUCCACCACCAAUAUUUUGUGAAUAAAUUCUUAUUUCUUUAAACAA